AUGCUUUUUCUCAUUUCAGACCUGAAUAAGUGCCUCAUUCGAGACUCCUGCCAGGGGGACUGUACACUUGUUACCAUUUUCCCCCGCAUAGUCAAAGUUUUGAUUUUGUUGUUCAUUCUCAUACAAUCCCUGUGCGUCAGCGUGCAGAAUCUCUUCAGUUCUGUACAAACUCCAACGACGUUUUCCUCUCAAACACACAAAAAAACCACCCUCGCGGUUUCCAUCACUACUGGCACCUAUACAAACACAACCAUUGUCAACACCACCGUCAGCACCAUGCAUCUGACGCAAAUCAACAUGCUGCUUAUCACUGCGGUGAUAGGUGGCAUUACGUACUUUGCUUUUUCAUUGUAUAAAGCUCGCAGCUUCUUUCGUCGCUUACAGAACGAUGGCAUCCCUAUGCCUCCUCACAAUUUCAUCUUAGGACAUCUCGGUCUGAUGAUGAGUAUCAUGAUCUCUUUACCGCGCGAUGUCAUGCCUACGGUUGUGCUGGCCGAUCAGGUCAGGCGGCGGUAUCCGCAUCUCGAUAAGGCCUUCUAUCUCGACAUGUGGCCGUUUACUGGGCCCAUGUUGAUGGUUAUCUCACCAGACCUUAUGCGCCAAGCAACACAAGGAGAGAACUCUCUGCCAAAAGUUGCAUUCCUGAAGAAUUAUAUCAAGCCAUUAAGCGGCGGACACGACCUUGUUAGCAUGGAAGGAGACGAGUGGAAGCGCUGGCGAGACGUGUUUCGUCCGGCUUUUGGUCGCGCAACAGAACUCGUCCCUAACCUUGUCGAAAGCAUUUGCGUCUUCCGGGACCAGCUCGUAGGCCGAGCAAAGACGCAGGGUGGCGUGUUCCAAUUGCAUCAUUCUGCUCUUAUGCUGGCCAUGGACAUGUCUGGCAAGGCGAUUUGGAACCACAACAUGGACAGCCAGAAAUCCUACAACGAUAUGGCCGAUGCGAUUGUAUCACAGUUGCGGUGGCUUUUGGUCGAUGGAUUCAUGCCUUUCGCAAGCCUGAACUUUAUUCGACCGCUGGUGCACAUGUAUAACGGCUUUAGGAUGGAAAGAUACAUCGCCGGUCUACAACAAAAGAACAGGAGCAGCAACAAUGAAGAUGAUUGUAUCAUCAACAGGGCUAUAUCCAAAGUCAAUAACCGCUAUACCGACACAAAAGCUACAGUCGAUCCAUACGCUGAACUCGGUGGGAAAGAUCACUUCGACCGGGUUAUUAGAAGCCAGAUGCGAUUCCUACUCCUCGCUGGCUACGACACAACGGGCUCAACAAUUACAUAUGUUUUACACAUUCUAUCAAAACACCCCGAAGUCCUUGCCAAGGUGCGCGAGGAACACAAUCGAGUGUUGGGAUCAGAUGUCUCUUGUGCGGCUCAGCAGCUCAAAAGGAAUCCGCAUCUCGUAAACAAUGUCCCAUAUACCAUGGCCGUCAUUAAAGAAACACUUCGACUUUAUCCACCUACGUCCACCUUGAGAAAUGGAAAGCCGGGCUUCUAUCUCUAUGAUCGCGACAGUACAGGGUCUAUGACCAAAUAUCCUACCGAAGGGUGCAUCGUUUUCGGAAAUCAUCACGGUCUUCAUCAUAAUCCUCGCUACUGGAAAGAGCCAGACACAUUUCUCCCUGAACGCUUUCUAACAGACCCAAGUGACCCAUCAGGGUUGCAUCCACUUCCAGACACCUGGCGUCCUUUUGAAAAGGGCCCUAGAGCUUGCAUGGGCUCAGAGUUGGCCAUGGUCGAAAUCAAAGCUGUUAUCAUGCUAGUGGCGCGCGAGUUUGAUUUUACACCUGCAUACGAAGAAUUGGAGGCCAUCCAAUCAAAAACGGCCAAAGGAGAAGCAAAGAUCGGCUUGGGUGUUUUACUACCAGGCAAGGCACCAAAACAUGUAAACGGUGAUAGAGUAUAUCAAACCACAGGAGGGGGAGGAAGCCACCCAGCUGAUGGGUAUCCGUCUCGAGUUAGGUUUGCAUUAUGA